AUGGGGCACCCGGUUCAAUUAUACGUAUAUGACUUGAGUAACGGCCUUGCGAAAGCUCUUUCGCUCCAACUCACAGGAAGACAAAUCGAUGGUAUAUGGCAUACCUCCGUGGUCGUCUUCGGAAAGGAGAUCUUCUACGGCGCUGGGAUAUCCAUCACCUCACCGGGCAUGUCCCACCACGGAAAGCCACUUCAAAUAUUGGACAUGGGGGAGACAUCUAUUGAUGAGGAUACCUUCGAAGAGUAUCUGAACGAGAUGCGGGAACAUUACACUGCUGACAAGUAUCAUCUGCUAGAAUUUAAUUGCAACUCCUUCACGAACGACUGCGUGGGCUUCCUCACCGGUGGUUCCAUACCGUCUUGGAUAAAGGACUUGCCUGCCGACUUCCUUUCUACGCCAUUCGGCGCUGCCCUCCGUCCUACCAUAGACUCAAUGUUCCGUCGUCCAGCACAAGGAGCUGCGCCGGUAUCCAAUCCCGCCCCACAAGCAGCAAUCAAUGCGUCUCCAAACCCACAGCUCGCAUCAACGCUCCUACAGGCCUUUGCUAAUCGAGCUACACAACCCUCUCCGUCGGGCAGUGGCACCAGCACUCCUACAUCUUCACAGCCCUACCCACAGCAAGCUAACGGGAACGGGAAUAUUUCCACCUCUACCCUCUCAGCGCCUAUUCACGCGUGCACCAACCCAUCUUCUUUCAACUCCCUCCUUGCCACGCAUCGUGCUGUCGCGGCCUUCUUCACGAGCGCAACCUGCGGCCCGUGCAGGAUGAUCGAACCCACCUUCGAAAACCUCGUACACGAGAAGAAGCAGGUUGCGUUUGCGAAGAUUGAUCUCGGGGUCGGGAUGGGCACGCAAGUCGGGAGCAUGUAUGGCGUGAGGGUGACCCCGACAUUCAUUUUCUUCCUGGAUGGCAAGAAGGUCGGCGAGUUCAAAGGAGCCAAUGUAUCGGAGUUGCAAUCGCAGGUUGACAUGUUGAUCUUCCAAGCAUUCCCCCCUCAUCCGCAUACAAAGUUAUCGCUACCGGCGAUCGAAGCCCUUUCUCUGAACCCUAUCCUCUUCACCCAGAUCCCCGCGUUCGACGCCCUCCAAUCCAACCUCGAAUCUUUCAUUGAUGCCUCCCCUGCAUCCUUUGACAAGGCACAAACCAAGUCCAUCCUGACCGCCAAACUCAUCACCCACUUGAAGAAUCGCGCUGGGAACAAGAAUUACACCACACCCCCUGCCAUGGAAGGUCUCUUCAUAGGUUGUGCAGUUUUCACGACCAUGCUGGCUCGGGAGCUUCCGAUAGACCAGCUCUUCCCGCUGGUCGACCUGUGGCGCCUUGCGUUGCUCGAUCCGGCCGUCAGCGCAUGGGCUGCCGCCCUCUCUCCCGGCGCGCAGGACCCGAUAGAGGUGCUCUCUACUAAAGCCAUCGCCGCUUUCGACCUCCCCAAUUCGCGGAAUUACAUCCUCAUAACGCUACGCAUGCUGGCCAACGCUUUCUCCUCCCCUCAACUCGCCCGGCGCUUGCUUCUCUCACGAUCGGCGGCGUCCUCGUCCGCUUUCCAGGGAGGAGCCGCUGACAGUCGCUCCGCACGUAAACGCACGACGGCGUUGCUGGUGCCCGCGCUGCUUCACGAGGAUGCGGCCGUGAGGACGGCCGCGGCGAGUCUGGCGUUCAAUGUCAGCGCGUGGUUGCAGAAGGGGCGGGUAGAACGCGUGCGGGGACGCACGGGCGCUACGGAAGAUGAGGAGGACCCCGAGUGGGAGGUCGAAAUGGUCAGCGCGGUCGUCGAGGCGCUGUCAAGGGAAGAUAAGAGCGAGGACGUUGUUCACCGAUUGACCGCGUGUCUCGCUUUUUUGCUCCGCCUCUCGCCGGUGUAUGAUGAGCAGAUCGCGCCGCUGAUGGAAGUGUUCCAAGUGCGCGAGGUGCUGAACGGCAAACUAGAGAUUGUGCAUAAGCCGGACGUGAAGAAGCUGAUCAAAGAGGUCGCGGACAAAUUGAUCACGCAGUGA